AUGGCUAAUAAAAAUGUUAGAAGAAAAAAUGUAGGUUCUUUAUUAUAUAAUUACUAUAAUUUAAAUGAUGAAAACAGUGUUAGGAAAGAUGAAGAUAUCAAUAAUUUAAAUAAAAUUUAUUGUAUUAAUAAAAAAAUAACUGAAGAAGAUGUGGGUAGUAAAUUAAGGAAUAACAAUAAUAUCACAGAAUAUGAUUUAAAUAAAAACUUAAUAAAUGAAAAAAAUACUGAAAAAUCUAUAGAAAACGAAAGAAUUAUUUCAAAAGAACAAAUAAAAGAUGUAGAUGAACUUGAUAAAAAAAGUUCUGAAUUCAAUGUAAAUAAUUAUUUUAAAAAAUUGUUAGAAAAUUCUAGUUUAGAAGAGUUAAUAAAUAAAUCAAAGAAAAUAGAGAAAGAAAUUAAACAAAAUGACAGUUUUAUGCAAUCUUUAGUAUAUGAAAAUUACAAUAAAUUUAUUGAAGCAGCAGAUACAAUUAUAUAUUUAAAAAAAAAUUUUAAUGGUGUAAAAGAAAAAAUCAAAGGUAUAAAUGAUCAUAUAGAGUAUAUAGACAAUAAUUCUAAUUCAGUAUGUAAUAAAGUUUCUAGAAAUUUUGAAAAAAUUGAAAAUUUGAUUGAAAUCAAAAAAUUAUUAAAUGAUAUUAAUUUAAUUAUGAAAAUACCCCAAAAUAUGUUUUCUUUUAUUGUUCAAAAGAAAUAUAUAAAAGCAUUACAAAUUUUUAUUGAAGCUAUACCGUUCUUUAAUAAAAAUAAAAAUAUUGUAGCAUUUCAAAAUUUAUAUUUAGAUAGUAAUAAUUUAGCUAAUAUUGCUUGUCACUUCUUUUUAAAAAAAUUAAAUAAGGAAAAAAAUAUAAAAAAAUUACCUAAAGUAUUUCUAAACAAUGAAAAUAAAAAUAAAAUGGAUAAUAAAAAUGAAAAAGAAGAUAAAAAUUUUGCUUUUUUUAAAAAUGAUUUAGAACAAUCAUUUGAAUUAUUACAUUCCUAUGUUUUACCAAGUGAUGAAAUAAUUUCAUGCUUAUAUUUAAUACUAUCUUAUGGAAAAAAUAAAAAAAAAAUAAGAAAUUUGUAUAUUCAAAAUAGAAUUAAUGCUUUAAAAUAUCUAUUUUAUAAUAUUUUUAAUUUAAAUAAUUACGAAGAUUUUGACACAAAAAAAUUAAAGUUAAAAUGCAAUAUGUUUACUUCCAAAGAAGUAAAGAGUGAAAAAGGAAAUGAUGAACAUGCUAGUAAUGCUAGUAUUUUUUAUAACAAGAUAUUUGAAAGUAUUUUUGAAUUAUCUUACAAUCAUUUAUUAAAAUUUUUCUUUAGUAUUGUAGACAAUUUAAAAAAAAUAUUUAUUGAGGAAUCUAGUAAAGAACAUCAACAGCAUUUUCUUUUAAAUAAAACAGAGAAUGAUAAUAAUAAUGAUGGAAAAGAAAAGUUUUAUAAAGAUAUUCAUUACUUAAAGAAUUUAAUAAAUAAUUUGAACACAAAAAUAGAAGAAAAAAAUAAAUCUUUUAAAAAGGAUAUAAUAUCAUAUGCUGAUAAUACAACUACUACUAAACACGAAAAAUAUCAUAAAGAUGAUCUUCCUUUUGAUAUAAAUUAUAGUAAUGGAUUAAAUAAGUUAUUGAAUAAUGAUGAUGAUAAUAAAAUAAUUGAAACUUUAACAAAAGGUUUUUUUAAAGCUUUAUUAAAACUAACCAUUGAUUGCAUAUAUAUAAUUAAUCCACCAAUAAAAAUAAUUGUAUUAUGUUUAAAAAAAUUAAUAAAAAAUGUUAAAAAUUAUAAUAAUUGUAAAAUUGUCAUAUCAAAAAUUAUGAAUAAUUUUAUAAAUAAAAUAUAUUAUAUAUUAUUAAAAUUACAUUUUUAUAAUAUGUGUUUUAAUAAUAACAUAGCUCUUUCGAAUUUUUUGAAUAUUUGUAAUAAAGAAGAAAUAUUAUAUAUCAUGGAAAGUAAAAAUGAACUGGGUCAUAAUAUAUUAUUAAAUCUUUGUUUAACCUUCAUGGAUUUUGAAGUAUUUUAUGAAGAAAUAAAUAUAAGUAGUAAUUUUUAUUUCAAACACUUAAUUAAUUUCGUAAUUAUUUAUUUUAUAUUUUUAAUUAAUUAUAUUAAUAAUUUUAUGAAAUAUUUUAUUUGUGUAUAUGAAAAUAAUACUUAUUAUGAAGUAUCAGAUGAAAACAAUAAAGAAGAAAAAAUAUAUGGAAAGUUAGAAUAUGAAAAGGGAGGAAAAAAAAUAAAGGAAGAAAAUGAUAAUAUUAAAAAUCAGUGUAAACCUUAUUUGGAUGAUUUUCAAACAAAAAGAGAAAAUGUCAAUAAUAUUGAAGAAUUAAUAAAAAAUUUAAAUUCUGAAAAUGAUAGUAACUAUGAUAAAAGAACGUCGAGAGAUUUUAAGAAUAGUAAUAACAUAAAUUCAUAUAAAAGUGAUAGUUUUAGGAAAGAAUAUUCAAAUAGUUCAUAUAUAAAUAAAGAAAGUGUAUUUAAAUACAAAAAUAUAUAUCCCAUUACUUAUAACGAAGAAGAUGGGAAAAAAAAAAAUGAAGAAAAGAAACUAAAAGAUUUUAAGAUUUUAUCAAAUUAUUUGUAUGAAAAUAUUUAUAUUAAUAAUAUAGAAUUACAAAAUAUUUUAAAAAAUACAAAAAAAUAUAUGAAAAUGGAUCACGAGAAUUUUAUUGAAAAAAUAACUGAAGAAGAAAAAUAUGAAAUAAGAAAAAUAAAAGAAAUAUAUUUUUUAUUGUCUCUAGUUUUAGUAUUUUAUAAUUUCAAAAAGGAAGGUAUUUAUAAAAUUUUUACUAUAUUACUUGAUAUAUAUAAAAAUUCUCAUUCUUUAAUAAAUGAAAACAAAAAAAUACCUCUAUAUGAUAACUUAGAUGUAUUACUAUACAAAGAUAUAUACCCAUUUUUAAAAAAAGAAGAAGUUGAAAUGAAAAAAGUGAACAUGCUUGAAUGUGAUAAUUUAAAUAAAAAUGAGUUAAUUAAUGAAGAUAUUGGCGAUUAUUAUUUAUCUAAAAGGAAUGAUUUACCUAAUUCAGAUAAUGAAGUAAACGGAGAAAGUUAUUCAGAUAAAAAAAAUUAUAAAAAAGAAGAAAAUGAUUCGCUUUUAUAUAACAAAAAAGAAGAAAUAAAUAAAAAACUAUUCAUUUAUAAUACAAAUAUAGAAAAUGAUAAAAAAAAAAAUAAAAAAAAGGUAACAGAAACUAAAAGUGAUCAUGAAUAUAAUGAUAUUUUUUUAAAAAGUGAUAUUGAUAAUAAAAUCAAUUUAGAAAAUAGAAAUAAUAAUAAUGCAUACAACUUAGAAAAUAAAAAUAGCGUAAGUAAAAUAAAAAACUUUAAUGAAUUAAUUUCAAAUAGUAUAGAAAAGGAGUCGUCUAAUUCGAAAUCAGAAGAAAAUUAUAGUGAUGAUGAUUUUUAUAGUGAUAACAAUGAUAAAAAUAAGUAUGUAGUUGGUAUUUGUAAAUUUAUGAAAUAUAAAUUACACGAAAAAUGUAAUGAAUUAAUAAAUCUAUUUAUUUCUUUUUAUGUUAACAAAAUAUCACGUACAAUCGAGUUGUAUAUUGAAAAUGAAAAGUGGAUAGAAAGCAAAGAAGCAGAAUUAGUAAGUAAUAACUUUAUAUACCUCUUAAAAGAAAUUGAUAAAAUUCAUAAUCAUUUAACUAAUUUUUUUAAUAACAAAGCAAAAAAUGUAAACAAAAUAAAUAAUUUUAGUGAAAUAUAUAUAAAAAUAGAAAAGGAAUUAGAACAAAUAUGUAAAAAGUAUUCAAAAAAAAAAAAUGUUAAUUUCUCCAGUGAUUUGGAAAAUAUAAAACAAAUACAAAAUAAUAAUAAUAUUAGUAUACAUUCAAUAAAUGACCAAAAAAAUUUAGAAAUGUAUAUGUAUAAAUUAUAUAUGUUGAAAAUGAAAAAUUAUAAAAGAAAUAUAAAACUUGAAACUAAAAAAAUUCUCUUCAUAAUAAUAAAAAUAUUAUUUAAGAAUUAUACUGAAUACAUCAGAAAUUCCUAUUUUAAUGAAAAAGGUUUUGAAAAGUUAAAAAUAGACUUUUUUUUUUAUUUCUAUUGUUUAAAACACUAUAUACCUUCAGAUGAUGAGAACAUUUUAUUUGUUAUUCUAAAUGAAGUUUUAAUAAAUGCAAAAGACAGGAUUAAUCAGCUAAAUAAAAAAGUUGAUAAUAACAAUAUGUACCACUCAUAUUUAUUAGAUAACAUUAAAAUUAACAUAGAUAAAAAUAAAAAUUUUAUAUUGAAAAACUUAAAAGGAAAUUAA